UGCUGGCUGCCUAUUGAUUGGAAAACAACGGGCUGUGGGAGGACAGAUAAGGGAGGCUGUGGGCUAACGGGUAAGGGAAGGGAUACGGACCGAAGCAACGACCAUCUUUACCUCCCUGAUUUUCUCUCUUCCCCAUGGAAUGAAUGUAACUGCUGCUCGUCGGUGGGUUUUUCAGCAGAGGGAGGUUCAGGCACUGAUUCUCCUGCUCUGAGAAGAUCCAGUCCACACGAUCCGGACCUACAGCAGCAUCUCCUGCAGGGCUCAGAGACCAGCAGAAGGGGACAGCAUGGAGGCCCCCCUCGUGUGUUUGGAUGAGGAGUUUGAGGACCUCCGGCCCUGUCACAUGGAUGAGCUGGACCACCCGGCCCUCCAACACUCAUCCUACUCCAGCACAUCUACCGUACCGCUGAGCUCCAUCACCAGAGAGGACUUCUCUGAGCUGGAGAACUUCUCCGAGAUGAUGAGCUUCAAGUCCAUGGAGGACCUGGUGAACGAGUUUGACGAGAAGCUCAACGUGUGCUUUCACAACUACAACACCAAGACCGAGUGCCUGGCGCCCAUACGCAACCAGACACACAACCAGGAGGACGAGGAGCGGCUGCAGGACGAGGAUGUGUGGGAUGCUCUAACCGACAACUACAUCUCCACCUGGGACGGCAACGACUCCGAGGGACUCAACGGCAAUCUGUCUGACCAGGAGAUCCACGAAAAAGAGGAGGAGGAGAUGAAUGAGAAGAAUGACAACGCCAACUGCCUGAAUGAAGAGCCUCUUAUCACAGCUGAUCAGGUCAUUGAGGAAAUAGACGAGAUGAUGGAGAACUCUCCAGAUCCUGGUGAAACUGAGGAGGAGGAUGAAGAGGAGAGCAGCCGCUGCUCCUCCAGCAUCAACCCCUCCCUGCUGGAGGAGAUCAGGCAGCUGUCCCUGGCCUCCAAUAACAACUGCUCCUACGAAGGCCUGAGUCUGAUGCCCAGCUCAGCGCUGGUGGAGCUGCUGCAGAGGGUGGAGGCCACCAUCCGAGAGUUCUCAGAGGAGCUGGUCAGCCAGCUGGCUCGGCGCGAGGAGCUGGACUUUGAGAAAGAGGUAAAGAACACGUUCAUCACGGCCCUGAUGGAGGUCCAGAACAGGCAGAGGGAGCAGCGUGACAGCAGCAAGCGCAAACGCCGGGACAAGACCAUGAGCCUGCAGGCAGGAGGGACGUCUCCUGUGAACGGAGGGAACACAGUCUCCACAUCCCACACAGAGAAGACAGGGAGCAUGCCUGUCAAGCGUUUCAGUAUGGAGGGACUGUCCAACAUCUUGCAGACUGGAAUCAGACAGACAUUUGGAAGCACAGGAAAUGAGAAACAGUAUCUAAACACAGUUAUUCCAUAUGAGAAGAAAGGCAUCCCCCCAUCUGUUGAAGACCUGCAGAUGCUCACAAAAAUUCUCUAUGCCAUGAAGGACGACAGUGAGAAGGUGCCUACCCUGCUAACUGACUACAUACUGAAAGUAUUGUGUCCUACUCCUACCUAAAGCUCUGGAGGCCAGGGGCCACAUUGUGAGGGAGAAAUCUUCCUCCCUGCCUCUGGCCCCUGCUGCAUGACCUCCCAUCUCUCACCAUUAUCAAUCAUGGAUCCUCACCAUCGACGUCAUUGUAUUCUCCUCAACUAUGAUUACUGCCUUUCGCUGAGCUCACCUCCUCCCCUCCACUGUACACUGCGCUCAUGCCGGACCCAACCUGGCCUCCAUCAGAAUAGUUCCAGUGGGACAGCCUGUUCCACUUUAAAGGACUUCACCAACGGAGCAUGACAUGCUAUUAAAUAUCACAACACCACUUCGCUACAGGGAUACAACAUUAUUUGUACUUUGUUUUCUUAUUUCUAUUCUCUACAGUCUCUUCUCUUUGUUUCCUCUAACAUAAUCUCAAUGUUGCCAAGUUUUGAAACGUGUUCUCAAAUGGACCUCUCAACCACUGAGCUCUGUUGCUUGUUCUCACUGAUUCAUCAGGAAAUAAAUGAAAUGCCAUACCGCAUCCACACAUGAUACACCCUGUAUUUGGAAAUUCAUUUGAAUAUAAAAGCCAUGCACCUUUUCUGCCAACUUAGUACUGUAGCUCCAUGUGGAUGAGAGGAGACACACGACUAUUACGGGUGCAGUGCAUAGUAAAGCUUUUUCAUUUUAGUUCACCUAAUAUCUGGUGCUCUUCAGACUCUUUUUCAAUUACUUUACAUUUCUUUCUAAAUACAUUUUUUUCUAAAUAUUUGAUAUAAACUCUGUUGUUGACUUUUUACUUUUAUUUACUGUGUCAUUUCGCCCUGUUCAGGAUACGUGGAGGCGUAUUUUUUUGGUUGAUACAUUGUCCCCUGAUGUGAUGAGCUCAUUUCAAUAAAGGCGUGCGUAUUUGCAUAAUAGCACAUGUAUGACUUCCUUUGUGCCAUGUAGGUGAAUCGCUAAUCGCUAACUCUAAUAAACAUUCUACCCUC